AUGGCCAGCGGUGCGCGGCCGAAGCUGCAGCUACAGCGACCCUCGAAGCACAGUUUGAACCCUGCGAACUUCAGGGUUGAGGGAGAAGCCACCACCACUAAUGUGGACGAGGAUGAUUGGCUGUUGGCUGACACGCCCCCAACGCCUCCCAGCGUCACCUCCGAGGAGCAGCGGCAGUUCUCCGCCACGUUCACCGUGGACCAGCUCUUCCAGGCGGUGAAGCUCAGGCUCAUUUGCCCGCCUCGAUGGCGGAAGCUCUUUCUUGCUGCAGGCCGUCGCUAUGAGCUGAGGCUUCAUCGGCUGCAGGAGGCGAUGUUCAUUGGAUGUGCAGUGGACGAUCUGGUGUUGCUUCAGGAUAUCAAGGGGGAAAUCCCGGAGCAGAUCUGGUCUUGGUGGGCAUAUGAGCUGGGGCUCUACCAGCGAGCUGUAAGGAGGUGCCGACCCGAGAUGCUCAAAAUCCUGCCCGUGAUUCAGGGCAUCGCAUUUCCAUCGCAGGAGGCCGUGGAGGAGAUCUGGGAGGCGAUGAAGACCCUGCCCCGGGAAGGCACUCCUGCUAUAGUGCUUCGUCAGCAAGGGGAGCUCAUUGUGCAGGUGGCCCGCGAGGCUUUCGAAGGUGAGACGCAGAUUGACAUCACUGCUUUGAAGCUUGCAUUGAAUGAUCAGCGCGGACUCAGCUUGAGGAACCCAGCGUUGCCAGACCUCAUCCCUGCUGUGAACUACGGCAUAGCUACCGGGCAGUUCAUUGGUUGGCGAGCUAUGCACUUCGUGGCUGCAUCCCCCCAUGCAAAGAACGCAGUGGAAGUCGCAAAUUUGCUCCUUGAGGCCAAAGCCGACCUCACCUUGAAGGACGCUAGUGGGGGAACUCCGCUGCACGCAGCCGCCCUCAUGGGUCACAUGGACAUUGUCAGCACGCUCCUGGAGAACGGGGCUCCGCUGGAGGAGGCGGACCUGUCGGGAUCAACGGCUCUCAUGGUGGCCGCCAGGAACCGGAAGGUUCGAAUCGUCAAGGCCGUGGUGAAUUGGACGGUGCCGCCAGAGCGGCUCGCCAUGCUCCAAGAGGCCGAGAAGUUUGACAACAAGUUCAACAUCCUCAAGAAUUUGGAGUUGAUUCGCGUGGUGGGGGCCAACGACCGGAUGUCCGUCACGCAGUUGGUGACGGUGGGCGAUGGUGUUGGCACCAAUCUCGCUGAUAUCAACUUCCAAGAUGCACAGGGACGUCAGGCCUCUCACAUCGCCAUCCUUUGCAUUGGAAGCGAGGAGGAAACGUGUGCCAUGCUUCGUACGAUCUUCCAUCUGAAGGGCGAGGUGAACGGCCAAGAUUUCUCAGGGCAAACGCCACUGCACAUAGCGGCGCGCCUGGGUCGAGCUGACGCAGCCAAGGCGCUUCUCGCAGCCAAGGCGCACCCAGGGCUCAAGGACAAGCAAGGCAGAACUCCGCUGAUGGUGGCUGCUGCCGCAAAUCUGGAUGACACCCGAGCCCCUCCGCCAUACAGCGGAAGGAUUGUCAAUCCAGGCUUUGCAUGGAGCAUCACCGACAUCGUUCUGAAGUGGGAUGGCCGCGGUCCUCCGCCGCCCGAGCUGCCCCUGCGACCAGAAGGGCCCCCGGAGCCGCUCCCGGAAGACUCAGCGGCGCACAAGCGGAAGAAAAUCGUUGAACAGGUGGCAGCAGCUGCCAAGGCCGAAAAGGUGAUCUAUGGCUCUUCGGAGCUGGAGAAUGUGAAAGCAAGAGCAGAUGUUCUGGCAUCUCUUGGCUUCGAUGAUCAGCAUGUCUACGAUGUGGAUGGCCUGGUGAACCAGGGCGACAGGUUGCAGCUGCACACCCAGAUCCUCCUUCCAGCCGGUGAUCGGACGCACGGCAUUGAGGCGUUGAUGAUGAAGGAGCAGGACAAGCCCAAGCUGAAGCCCGUGGAGAAACGCUGCCGGAGUUUGUGGGAAAUCCUCAUAGCCCCACUGCUUCAGUUGGCACACCUGAAUCGCCUGGAGGGCAGGCAGACGCACUUGCUGGAGUAUUUUUUGCAAUGCCUACUGGGUCAUCGUGGCCUGGUCUUCGGGGUGUUGGCGAGCAUGACGCCAACCAAGCGCACCAGCACGCUUCCGUCGUGGAAGGACGUGGCCAAGGUCAUCGAGGGGGAGUCCUUGGAGUCGCGCUUGGAGGGCCUGCGGAAGUUGGGCUUCCGCGGGCCCAAGCCAAGGACCACCUGCUGGGCUGGCGCCGUGUGGGUCAAGGACGAGUACCCACGCAAUCCAGACUCUGCACCCUGGAAGGCCUUUGAAUACGUGGAUCGCGAAGAUGCGGAGAUCCUAGGGCAAGGCAAGCCAGGCAAGGGCGAGGCCUUUCGAUUCAAUCGGGUGUGGUGCCUCGAGAAUCCCGAGCAGCUCGAUAAAAAGGAGCAAGAAUGGGAGGCUGGCCUCAGAAAGCGCGCGGAACACUUCAUUUGGGAGGAGUCGCCUGGCUUCAAGUGGGCCGGUGGAAGGGAGAAAGCACCCACUCCCAGCAUCCAUGACAAGAUCCAGCUUACAAAUCGGCUGUUUGUGGAUGAGGCAUUGGCCCAGCGAGUCUUGAUGGAGAAACGCUUGAAGCUUGUGGGCGAGAAGCUUUUAUGUCCAUUGCUGGUUUGGGCUGCAGACAGCCUUAAGAAGCCCAGCGUGGGGGCAUGGUUGACAGGCAGCGACCCCGAGGAGAUCGAAGAAGCAGAGAAGCAGGCUCUGCAUCGGGACAUGCUACGCUAUGUAGCUUCACAGGUCGCAUGCGGCGGUGUUGCGGCAAGCGCCUGGCAGAAGCCAUUCCUCAAGGUGUGGGAGGACACCAAGGAGAAGAUCGCCGAGGCCCUCUUGGCCAGCCAGGCGGAAGGUCUGCAGAACUUGACGGAGGCUCCGGAGGAGAUGUUUUGGCAGAAGAGGGAGACCCGCGGUGUACGGCGGUGCGCCUUUGAACCGAUGAAUCCCCCGGAGGAUCAGGCAGAGCUUCUGCCGGAGGACGAGCUCCGCUGGUUCAAGCGCAGGCACUCCACACAGGCGUAUGUCCAUCUUCGCGUCUGUGGCGCCAUCGGCUGCGCCAAGGACUUCUUGUCAAUGGCUGCGGCAAUCAGCCGUACUCAGCCAAGGAACUUUGCGCCGGCUUUCUGGACGGCGAGCUAUGGCUUGCUGCUUUGGGGCCGGGCAAGGCAGCUGCGGCCGAGCCUGGAGCUGGCGUUGCGGAAGCGCCUCAUCCGAGCCAAGUGGCCCGUUGAGGAAUUUCAAGAGUCAGAGGAAGAAGAGUAUGAGGAAAGUUCUGAUGAUGAAGAGGAGGCGAGCGAAGAUGUUCUGGAAGAGAAGCCCGUACCACAAUUCGCCAUCUACGGCCCACGGCUGGUGCCGCUGGCUGAGGUGCUGCGGCUCACCUGGGCGCAGGGCCCUGCUGGAGAGCCGUCAAAACGCGUGACGGUGAAGGAGGGCGAGCAGCCAGUUCCUGCGGGCCCUGUCAACAUGCUGCGAACUGAGAUUGUUUGCCGGAACAUGGAGUCGCUCUUGGCUGCAUACAAAGUCUUGACAGAAGACCCUGAGGAGGAUGACAUCCCCAAAACCAAAGAAGAGCUGUCUCUCGAAGAGAUUUCAGUGGAAGUGGAGGAAGCUGAGGAGGAGGAGGAGGAGGAAGAGGAUGAGGAAGGACAGGCGACGCUAAAAGAGGAGGAUGACGAGGAGGGCAGCCUUCUACCAACAGAAUCAGCAGCAGCUUCUUCCGAACCAGACAUCUUCUCCCGAGCGGAGUUGCACGUACAGCGUCGAGCGCCUUUGGGGCAGCCAGCCAAGAUCCGCUUGGUCAAAGUCUUCAACGGCUUCCACCCAGACAAUGCCAAAACGAUUUUCCCGCAGGCUGCUGGCGUCCGACUUUUGCUGCAUGUGUCUGCUCGAAAGAGCGCAAAUGCGCACAAGGGCCAUGGCGAGAAGGAGUCUGACUGGGUGGAGCCCCUGGUGGACGACACAGACCUGGUUCAACAGUUGGUGGAGGUGCCGUGGCAUUGGAGGAAGCCGACGGCCGGCGGCUGGCGGAGUUUGCGGGUUUGGCAGGUGGAGCUGUUGCUGGAUUCCACGGUGGAGGCUCGGCCGGCGGGCCGUUUGGGCCUCACGGAGCGCCAUGGGCUGCUGCCAGGGCCUUCCAAAAGCUCCCAGUGUGUUCAUCACAUCGGCAUUGUGUUGAACCCGGCGGACUUCGGUGAGGAAUCGCAGGUGCGCCAGGCAAUGCCGGAAAUAGAUUUGAAGAAGAUGUAUGUCUUCCAUGCCUUGGAAAUUGGCAUGAGAAUCUGGGACCUGGAGCGCUAUGUCAAUCGCAUUCAUCAAGGCUGCCGUCCUGGUGAGGCUUAUGCCAGGCAACUCCAGUGGUCCGAUGCAGAGCUGCGCUCAAAUUUUACCCCGGUGCUGGACACUGCAUUCGGGGAGUUCAAGGAUCGCCCAUAUGAGAAGAACAAGCUGACGCCGGUUGCCGCCUUUUGUGACAAGGCAGAAUGCUGCGGAUGCUGCGUCUCAAAGGCCGACACCUCUAGCAUAUUUUGCUCCGAGCUGAUUGCAGAGAUUCUUCAACGAGGCAAAGUCCUGGACAAUCAGCGGCCCUCCUCGGAAUUCACUCCCCUGGAUUUCUUUGAAAGCGAUGGGCGGCGAGUGGAAAUGGCCCAGAUGCAUGAGGGCUUGCGCGGGGUGCGGUACUUCGUCCUGGAUGAAGCGGACCGAAUGCUGGACAUGGGCUUCAUACCUCAGGUGCGCGAGAUUGUCGGCCUCAUGGGGCCCAAACGGUUGCGGCAGAGCCUCCUGUUUUCGGCCACAUGGCCGGCGGCGGUGCAUAGCUUGGCUGGAGAGUUCCUGGGCGAGUCGCCUGUGCGCAUCUCCAUCGACCAGGAGUCCGAUCAGCCCAGUGCCAACACCAACGUUGACCAGUUUGUGGAGGUGGUCCGUGAGAGCAAGAAGGAGGCCCGCUUGCUGGAACUGCUGCGAGAACCGAGCGGGAAGACCGGGAAGACGCUCAUUUUCGUUAACACGAAGAAAGGCUGCGCGCUCCUUGCUGACCGCCUGCGCCGUGCAAGCAUAGUGCCAUGCGGCGAAAUCCAUGGCAACCUCGCCCAGGCAGAGCGGGCUGCAGCUCUGGAGGAGUUCACCCGUGGCGCGACCAAGACUUUGGUGGCUACGGACGUUGCCGCGCGCGGUCUUGACGUGGAAGACAUCACGCUGGUGGUUUGUUAUGACUUUCCAGACUCGAUGGCGGGUGGCAUGGAGGACUACGUGCAUCGCAUUGGCCGAACUGGUCGGGCAGGCCGGAAAGGCACUGCAGUCACCUUCUUUCCUGCUCCCGAAGACGUGUCCGGGAGUCGGUCAGCAGGCAACGCCCAUGACCUGAUCAAGUUGCUGCGGGCAGCUGGACAGCCUGUGCCAAAGGAGCUGGCUGUGCUCGACCAUGGCCCAGUAACAUCAAGCGUGGCAGCCCGAGUUGGAAAGAGCGGCAAGGGUCUGCAGAAAGGCAAGCCUGGAAAGCAAGGUCCGCAAGUCGAGGCUGCAAAGUGUACAAAUGAAGACGGUGUCAGCAUUGUGGGCUUUCCGAGUAAAGUGGCCCCAGUUCAUAGCUUCAAGGAAGCGCCGUUCAACAAAGAUUUGCGGAGAGAGCUGAAGGCCACUGGAUUUCAGCGACCUACUCCCAUUCAGGCAUAUGGCUGGCCUGUUGCGCUUAGUGGAGUCGACUGCAUCGGCAUUGCAAAGACAGGGUCUGGAAAGACGCUGGCCUUCCUGCUACCUGCACUGAACCAUAUUCCGGCUUGGUUGGACGAGGAAGCCUCCGGCAACGGGCCCCUCGCGCUAGUCGUUGCACCAACCCGUGAGCUUGCUGCUCAGACGUACCGUGAAGCACAUCGUUUUGCAGGAGUCGCCCGCGUGUGCCUCGUGCAUGGCGGAACCGCCUGGGAGCCGCAGGCAGCUGCACUGGAGGCCGGUGCAGAGCUGGUAGUGGCGACGCCCGGGCGGCUGGCUUUUCUCAUGGCACGGGGUGGCGAAGCAGCGGCCAACACUGCUCGAGAGAUUGCUGCCUGUGGUGCGAGAAAGCAACUUGCGGAAGCGCUUGCAGCCUUUGACCGCUUCAUUUCGAAUGGUGGGACUGCUACUCGUCACAUUUACUCUACGCUUUUGAAUGCGCAUGUUCUUUGUGGUGACUUGCCUGGUGCAUUGAAGGUCUCCCAGAGGAUGCAGGACGCCGGCCUACCCUUGGGUGUGGUUGAGUACACCACAUUGCUAAAAGGGCACCUCGCAGCUGGCAACAUCACGGAGGCCUGGAAACUCAUUGACACCAUGACGGAGGCUUGGGUCAUGCCGGACCUCCGCACAGCCAACACCUUCCUCCGUGGCUGUGUGAAGUUGGGCGCUUUGUCACACUGCGAGGACUUUUACGCCAAGCUGCCCAAGUGGAAUAUUGAGCCAGAUGCGGCGACAUACAAGAUCCUGGCUCAAGCUUAUGGACAAGGUUUGAAGCUGAGAUCUUUGCAGGGGCUCUUGAAAGAGAUGAGCGGGAAGGAAGCACUGCAGCAGCUAGAGAAUGCAGCAGGGCUGAACCACUGUAUUGCUCAAGUGGCCUGCCUGCUGGGAAGGCCUAAGGCAGCGCAGAAAGCGCUGAAGAGGGCCGAGGCAGCCCUGGCCGAGGGGCGCAAGGCUGAUGCAGAGUUUGACCAGCUGCGGCGGCAAGAAUUGACUCGAGAGGUGCGUUCGGUCAAGGAAGCGCUGCAGGAAGCUGUGGAUCCCAUGGCCAUGCUGCAGCGCACCUUCGCCUUCCCCGCCCAGCGCGGCCUUGUGAGCCAUGACGUCUACGAGGCCUUGCGCUCUGGCUUUGGUGUGGAGCAGUGCUUCCUUCACGGCCUGGGCACAGAGGAGGACUUCCGACAGCAGCUCGACCGCUGCUUCCGCGGCCACUUGCGCUGGCGAAGGGUUUUCAGCAGCAAGCUGCCGGUAAAACUGGAGGUGUGCUCCGGAACUGGCGACUGGGUGGUGGCACAGGCACGGGCGGAGGCUGGCCGAGCGAAUUGGGUGGCCAGUGAGCUCAGAUACGACCGUGUCUUCAGCAUCCUUGCCAAGGCAGUUUUUGCAAAGCUGCAGAACCUGGCUCUGGUGGCCGGUGAUGCUGGGUCGGUGCUGAAGAACUUUAUCCCAGCAGGCAGCAUUACGACGAUUUGUGUGAACUUUCCAGAGCCGCCUCAGACCAGCAGAGCAUGCUGCGACGACGCCGAGUCGCAACUUCACUUGCUGACCGCAGACUUCUUUCAGGAUGCUCAUGCAGCCUUGGCAGAUGAAGGGGUGCUGACCAUUUUUUCUGACAAUGAGGAGUAUAUGCGGUCUCUUGCGCGCACAGUCGGAUUGCUGCGGCAUGGCAAGCGACGACUUUUUGAGCCUUUCGCAGACGUUCCAGCUGAUCAUCUUGAAACUGCAGAGGAGCUUUGCGGCCUUCUCAUUUGUAGAGGUUGCCCCGGCGAAGAAGCUGGUCACGUGACGCAGGCGAGUUCGCAGUUUGAUCGCUUCUUUCAGCACGGUCAGCACACUGAUCGCUUCUACUUUGCUGUGUGCAAGGUUUCCGUGGAUUGA